UCACGCCUGUCAGUUGGCUUGCUAAAGUUUGUUUGUUUGUUUAUUUUUUGCGGAAUCAUUAUUUUAAGUUAUUUAAACUCUACUUUUAAAACCGUAUAAUAACUAACAGGAAAUAAGUUAUUAAUAGAAAUUAUAUCCCUUUAUCUCGGGUGACUUAAUGAUAUGGCUUUAAGCCGUAAAUUAUAGUAGAUAACAUGCGGUAACGGGAACCUGCACAUUUUUUGUUUCUGAAUUGAAUGUUAAUAUGUACAAAGGUUUUGGCCUGAUUCCCUCACGAUUUUUAGUUUUGAUUGCCCAUUUUAUUAUUUGCGUUGAUUUAUUAUGGAGCCCGCAGAGUCUGAAGUUAUGUUCAAUGGGCAAUCCCACAAUAUUAGACCAGUUCAGUCACCAUCGCCCUACAGAGAUAUUACGUUUAAACAACCGAGAUGGACGAGGCUUUUAGUUCUAGCUGGGGUUGUGACUGUUCUGGGUUCUUCAACUCCUGUAGGUUACAACUUGGGAGUCAUCAAUACUGCUGGCAAGGUCAUAUCACAGUUCUGUAAUGAAUCAGUUUCAAGUCGAUAUGGUACAACUCUGUCCAGCUCGGGCCUAAACUUUCUAUGGUCUUCCAUUGUUUCAAUUUUUCUUGUGGGUGGAUGUAUCGGAUCUUUAACUGGUUCUUUAUUAGCCAAUAAAAUAGGGAGAAAGGGAGGCCUUGCAACAUCUUCUUUUGUGGGAGUAUUUUCGGGUAUUUGUUUCUUGGCUGCUAAGAGAUCUAAUUCGGUUGAGCUGCUGUUUAUUGGAAGGGUAUUUGCAGGUUUAUCCGCUGGCCUCAUUACAACUAUAAUGCCAAUGUACUUAAUGGAAUUGGCUCCAUCCGUACUUAAAGGACCUAUUGGGGCUUUUUGCCCUCUAGGAGUCACUACAGGGGUCUUAUUGGGACAAAUAUUGUCAAUGGAAACUGUUUUAGGUAACGAAGACUACUGGCCUCACUGUCUUGCCUUCCCUGCUCUCUUACAAGCAAUAUGUGCCUUAGCAAUUCCAAUUCUUCCAGAGAGUCCCAAAUACUUGUUUGUUAUCAGAAAAACGCCCCAUUUAGCUUUGAAGCAGCUGAAGCGUUUAAGAAACUGUAUGGAAGACUCAUUGACCGAGGAAAUAGAAACGCUUCGUAUAGAAGAACAAGAGAACUUGCGACAAGGAGAAGGUUGGGAUGUAAAAAAAGUACUUAAAAGUCCGGCCUUAAGGUUGCCACUGUUGCUCGUUUGUGCUUUACAAGCCGGACAACAACUGAGCGGUGUUAAUUCUAUCUUUUACUAUUCAUCUGUGAUAUUUAAUAAAGCUGGAUUUACGCCUAUUCAGGGCAGUUAUGCCACAAUCGGAACCGGUUGUUGUAAUUUAUUUAUGGCCGCCAUGUCGGUAUUGACGAUGUCGUGGUUUCAGAGGCGUACAAUUUUGCAGCUGAGUCUAUUGUCUUCCACCGUUUGCCUCAUAUUAUUGGGAAUUUCUUUACUUUUAAUUGACGUCGACCUAAUGCCUUACAUCUGCAUUAUAGCAGUGCUAGGUUACGUUUUAUGCUAUGGCUUAGCUUUGGGUCCUAUUCCCUACUUCGUAGGAUCAGAGCUCUUCGAGGUGGGUCCAAGAUCAAGUGCUAUGGCUCUAGGCAGUUUGGCAAACUGGGCGGGCAACUUUAUCAUAGCAAUUUUGUUCCCUCAAAUGGCCGACAACAUCGGUGCUCCGUCUUACUUUAUUUUCGCUGCCGUUGUUGUUGCCUUGUUCAUAUUCAUCAGAAUAUAUUUGCCAGAAACAAAAGGUAGGGAUCCGUGCGAAAUCUAUCAUUUGGUAGAACACGGGUUUAAGUCUCGUCCACUCGUUACAAGACAAUCAAGUGGUAAUGCCGAAAUGAACGGACUGACAUCUGAUAAAACUGGGUUUUAAAGACUUUUUGUUCAAUUGGUGCAAGUUUUGUUCAGGGCUUUUUUGCUGGAGUUGUUGGUGAUCUGAUUUUUACUCGACUGAUACUUUAGGGGUGAAGGCACAACUUUUAUUUAGAACAUAAGAUAAUUUUUAUUAGUUGGUUUGUUUUGUUGUAAAGAUUUUAACAUUUUGAUGAAGCAAAAUACGUUUCUUUGGUACUUAAUUUUAUUAGUAUGGUUUUAGUUUUGUUAUUAUUAGAUAUUAUUUACUUAAUAAUAAAGAAGUAUAAAAUU